AUGGUGUACGGGCAGGAAGCGCACGAAGCGACCACUGAGACCGCGCAUGCUCAAGCCGCGUAUAACAAGCUCGCACCGUCGCUACAGAUGACCCCCACCCCGCCUAGCGACACAAUCACAAUCAGCGAGUUUGCACGACAGGUCAACACGCGCAAAUCGCAAUACGGCCGCCAAGGCAGGAACCGUGAGAACCGCGAUUUAAAACGCAAUAAUCGCGACCGUAAACCCUGCGCGGAAGCCUGGGGAUCCGAAGCCAACAAGGCCAAUACCCGUCCCAAGCGUACAGGAGGAGAUUCUUACAGGCCUAAAUACAGUAAUGAUCGUGUCGACGACCAGCGUGAUGGCAGCAACGAUCGCCGUCAGGGACGCGCACGCGCUGAUGCCAGGAGCACGCGCGAUCGACGCUUCGUGAAUGGCGAAAACUGGACGGACUCAUCAUUUCGACGAGAGAAGCCGUUCCGAAUCAAGGUUGCCAUCGUUGAAGGCGCAAUAUCAUCCACGUUGACUUAG